UCCGAUAUCAAUCCAUCAUAUUAUUGCCCUCUCCAUUUAACCAUACCCAUUCUACCUAAAUCCCACUUACACCAUGCCUGAAUCAAUCCUCUCCAUCAAGGCCCCUUUUGACAGAGCAGCCCUGGCCACACUACCCAAGAACCGUGUUCUUGCAUGGUACAUGAAAUAUGCCACCGUCUUUGACGCCGACAUACACGCUGCAUCCAAGCAGCCCACCCGCUUCUACGCCUCCAAGGCCAUCAACUACGCUCCUGAUGGCAAGAUCAAUGAGGGUGCAGACGCCAUCUGGGAGGACUAUCUUUCCCUUUGGGGCAGCUUUGAAAAGCUGACCCGCGACCUGCGCACCAUCAUGUUCGUGACGAACGAGGAGGAGGGCACGUACCGCGUGCACGCUGAAUGCCUGACUAUUUGCCAUCUCAAGAACGACAAGGGUGCUGUCGAUGUUCCCACCAGCUUUGUGUACGAGAUCAAGGAGGCUGAGGAGGGCGCUGGUGAAGAUGGUCUGCAGAUCUGGGAGAUUCGCAGCUAUCUUGACACCGCACAGCUAGCCAAGGCCAAGGCUCAACAGGAGCAAUAUUUCUUGAAGGUUAAUGAACUCUAAUCCAUUUUAACGCUGGUAUGACGAUUACUCUAGAGUGUGUAACCCUUUCGAUUCGAGGAAUGCACUCUGGUUUGGCUCACGGCCUAGAAAUUCCACGAGGUACUCGUAUUCAUCCAUGCUGCCGCCACGUUCAAGCACAAUACGGCGAUACCUUCGGCCCUCUUCCUUGUUCAUGGGAUCGGCUUUGAACUUUGUGUAGAACAUAUCAGUUGAGUACACGUUGGACCACAGAUAGCUAUAGUACCCGGCAUCAUAGCCCGUGAUGUAGUGAUCAAUCGUUAGAUACUCGUGGCCC